CGAAUGGAUUAAUGCGUGUUUGUAAUUAUCAACACAAAACCAAAAUGAAACCCCCAUUAGAGUAGUGAAGCUGGUUUUCUUUUUGUUUCAUCUUUCAUGACCUUUGCUCUUACAGAUCCUUUUGAAGGUUGAGACACUACCAUUAUCAAUCUCACAAGGGUCUGGAAGAAAAAUGACUAAACAAAUUGUUCUAAGACAAUCAAUGACGGAUAGGAGACAACCUUUACUAACAAAAGGAUCAUCAUCAUUAACACCAGGAGGAGUAAGUUUAAGAAGAAAUUUGCAAUCAUCGUCAUCAACAGGAGGAAGUAAAAGAUUUGCAGAAGUAGCAGGAGGAACAGCAGCAGAAUGCGCAGCAAUAUGUUGUUGUUGUCCAUGUGGGAUCAUGAAUUUACUAGUGCUUGCUGUAUAUAAGUUACCAGCGGGAUUAUGUAGGAAAGCAUUGAAGAAUAAAAGGAUAAAAAGAUUGAAGAAAAAUGGUGUCUUUCAGCAACAACAACAGAAGAAAAGAUGUUGUUGCGGUUGCGACGAACCCGAUAUUCAAAUUCAUCCAUUGGGUGUUGUUACUAAUGACUGGGGUGAUGAGGAUAAUAAUUUAUCAGGUGAAUUGAUUAGUAGUAAAUCCGGUACGGUUAUGUUAUCUGCUGGGAAAGAGAUUCAAGAUUUGGAGAUUGAAAUGUGGGAUAAGUUUUAUAGUACUGGGUUUUGGAGAAGUUCUUCUCAAAGAGAUGAUCUUCAUGAUUUGCCCAUUAUUACUCUUGAUGAUUAAUUCGUUCUUUAUCCCACAUUUCAACGAUGAAUGUCAUAAUUCACAGAUGUUAAACUAAUUGAUUGAAGAUGAUUUGAUUUGAUUGAAAAAUAAGUAUCAGCUAUGUUGUAAUGUUUAUGGUAAAAACUGUCUCCUAAUUCCUUUUGAACUUUUUUUCUCUUUAAAAUAUAAUUUUCUUGAUAGUACGAGAUUAAGUCAGCCGACUGAAAAAAAAAAAUGAAAAAAAAAAAGUGUAACCCGACCAUAGUUGUUUGCCUUGAGAUGAUGGAUUGGUGGGAUAGAAGAUGUAAUUUGUGAGGGGUACUCCUUAAUUUUUUAACUAAAGAAGAGAGAGAUUGCAUUUUGUUGGGUGGAAUUCGAUUGUGCUUGCUUACUGAAAUUAUUCUAUACAUUUUACUACUAUCAUUAAUUUA